UUUACAGCUACAGGUGAUCACCAUAACAUUCACAACGCACAUUCUGGUCACCAACAAAGACUUCCGAUCGCAUGUUCCCCGCAGCGAGCAAAUGUGUAUGUGGUACCCCACGCAGUGCAAGUCUGCAAGGAGUACCUUAGACCUCUUGACCCGCGCUUGGCCGCCUGCGGCCUAGAAAGCUGCGCUAUGGCAGCCCUGGAAGCACCACGCGCCAGCAAGCGACGACGUGGAGCAGCUGGUUCUGGUCUCGGCUCUCCAGACAUCGAGUCAUCAUUAGCAGAACCUUCAAGUACGAAUCAGAGCUCGCGCAGAACCUCGGCUUCGACAUCUGCAUCCCCUGCGCUCUCGCCCGCCUCGUCUCGUGGAAACACGUACGGCACCCGUAGUCGACGAGGUGCUCAACAUCUGGGAGCACAUCUCGGUACCAACGCACUGCCGAACAGGCCAGACCUGGUUGCUGAAACAGGUCCAUCCACGUUGGGACUGGCUGCUUCGUCUCCAUUGAAGCUGCGCGCGGGAUCUCCGGCCGGAACGCAGGUCUUCGCUGCCAGCACGCGAGAAAAGAGCGCAAGAGUCAAGGAGCGACAGAGAGUUGCGUCCGCUGGAGGCACUUCUCUCUUGAAUGGUUCAAAUCAAGAUGUUUCUAGUGGGUCCGACCCGAUGUUGAGUGCGGAGGAUGAGGCUCGACAAGCACAAGAGCAAAAAGACGCAGAAGAGAUGUGGCAGCGAUGGAGCGAGGAGUACUUCGAAAUCGUCGAACAGCUGCCAUUGGAGCUCCAUCGAUCCUUUGCGUUGAUGCGGGAGCUGGAAAGCAAGCUGCAGAGUCGUAUCAAGAGCACCGCGACGAACGCGCAGUCUUACCGAGACGCACGCCUCGCGUUGCGGACCCAGCGCCAGCGGCUUAAAGACUCUGGUGGUCUCGACAAUGGCAAAAGUAAAGCCUUGGACCCAGACACGGCCGGCCCGGAUCGACUGACGUCAGAUGAGCCUCCGCUAGCCACAAGCAGCGAUGGUAGUGUGCUCGUCGCUGCGCCAUCUACAAGCCCGGCUAAGGCUCGCGGCGAUGUUGAGUCUGACGACGACGGCGAUGUGACCGUCACCGGGGCCAUGUCUGCAACUGCGGAGAGGAAAACGAUCACGUCGCCGAUUUUCAACAUUCCCGUCAGCCGUGUGCCUUCCAAGGCUGCUCGAAUGGCCUUGCUGCGAGCCAUCUCUCAUUCCGUAUCAGAAGGCAUACGCGCUGCAGAAGAAAAGGUGGGCCUCGCGGUCACUGCGUACGAUUGGGUCGACAGGCACAUCCGUCGCCUCGACGCCGAUCUCCAAAAGAGCGAAAAUAGCCUGUUGCUGGGCCUCAGAGCAGGUACGGAAGCAAGUCGAGGUCUGCGCGAAGCGCUCGGAAUGGACGAAUUUGAAGAGCAAGAAGCCAAGCGACGUGACGCUCUCGCAGAGGACGACAACAGCACGGCUGCUGACACGCCAGUCGCUCAAGUCUUCGACUUUAGCAGCGCUCGUGGUCGGCCUGCUCGCGGUGGCGUAAGCAGCGGCAGGGGUUCAUUCGCCCGUGGAGGCAGGAGGGGAAGGACAGACUCACUAUCGCCGGCAGCUGCGAUGUCACUGAAUUCUUCUCUGGCUCCUGCCAAGACACGAGGGGUAGGCAGAGGUGGCAGAGGUGCAGGUAGAGGUUGGAGGGGCGGCAUGCGAGGCACUUGGUCGACAUUUGCAAGCCAGAGAUCGGGUCAGCAAAGUCCUACCGAGACCCUACAGUCGCUAGGCAGCCCGAGCUCGUCUGACUUGAAAGGCCUGUCGAGCGCAUUGACAGCACGAGCAGGCAGCAAUCUCAUUCCCGACAUGGCGAUUGACCCCAACGAGCCCAGAUAUUGCUACUGCGAUCAGGUCAGCUACGGCGAUAUGGUCGCUUGCGACAAUGACGACUGUCCUCGCGAAUGGUUCCACUACAGCUGCGUGGGUCUCGAUUCUGCACCCAGAUCAAAAUGGUACUGCUUGUUCUGCGCUCCAGCCAACUGGCCUGGACGCAAAAACUCCAAGGUGCCCCCAAACGCUCCGUGUCCUCCUCCGGGCCAUGCAAGUCGGUAGAACAGCGCCUCCAACGUCUCUUCUGAGGGCGCUACAAAGUGCCAGACACGCAUGUCGUCAUAUUGGCAGCAAGCUCCAUUAGAAAGAUGAUGCAUUCAUAUCUCUCGCAAUGUCAUCGCACAGCAAACAGCUGCACCGUCUCGGUGCGCACGGCUUUGGCACCCGUAGGAGGCGAUGUGAUGUAGUGAAGCUCCACAUCGAGCUCUCUAGAGUUUCCC